UUUAGUUAAUCAAAAUUGCAACCCAUCGUAGUCCAAAACCCUAUACUUUGAAGAGUUCUAGGGUGGGAAAAACAACGUCUGAGGAAAAGCCGGACGUGGCUGUAAAUGAAAUUUCUUUUCCAAUGAGUUACGUUUAGUUUUGAGUUGGUGUAACCCUUUCCCUUUGCCAAAUUCUUGUCAGAAAGCGGUGUCAGUGAUUAGCCUUUGUAAAUAAAAAGUAUCAUAGCUUGACAUUUAAGUUAAAACAUGGGUGGACAGAAGUUUCAGUACGACGAGAGUGGUUCAACAUUCGUCUAUUUCCUUCUUUCAUUUUUGGCGCUCAUAUUGGUCCCGUGCACAUAUUAUUGCAUCUUCAAAAAGAAGGAAGAAAAAAAACUAAAUAAAGAACAGCUAAGUACAUUUCAGCCCUGCAAGAAUAAAUGGGCCAGGCUGGAACGGAAGGAUCCUGGAGAGACGUUUAAGAAGCUUCUCAUAAAAUUAGCAAUCAUCCUAGGAUGGGUGCUUUUCUGCUAUGUAGCAUAUAAAACUUCACAGUAUGACUAUGAAUAUGCUAACUUUGAUCCAUAUGAAAUUCUGCAAGUGGAAGUUGGUGCCUCCCCGGCAGUGGUUAAAAGUGCUUAUCGCAAGCUUUCACUUAUCUACCAUCCUGACAAGAAGACUGGUGAUGAAAAAACCUUCAUGAAAAUUACAAGAGCUCAUCAGGCCUUGACUGAUGAAACAGCCCGAAGAAAUUGGGAGAUGUAUGGAAAUCCAGAUGGACCUGGAGCAAUCAGUUUUGGUAUUGCUCUGCCAUCCUGGAUUGUAGAAAAAGAAAACUCGAUUUGGGUUCUAGGACUGUACGCAUUGUUGUUCAUGGUUGCCCUACCCGUAAGCGUUGGCACUUGGUGGUAUCGCUCGAUUCGUUAUUCUGGAGACCAAGUACUGCUUGAUACCACUCAGAUGUACUACUACUUUUUCCACAAGACCCCACAUAUGGCAAUCAAGCGAGUGCUUAUGAUCCUCGGUGCAUCAGCCGAAUUCCAUAGACGCAACAAUCCAGAAAUACAGGAACGUCGCAGUGACAACACAGAAGUACCCCAACUCAUGAAACGUUUGCCUCAGCUCAACGAAAAGAACAAAGAAAGACCUUUGUGUUUCAUGUAUUCCAUCAAAGCACGCACUCUUUUACAUGCUCAUCUAACCCGGCUAGAUCUGCCCCAGUCGACGCUGGAAGAAGACCGUUGUGCUGUGAUUAAGAAGUGCCCGGCAUUAAUUCAAGAAAUGGUUGUGUGCGUAUCUCAGCUCAUAAUGUUGGCCCAUGCUGGGAGACUGAGUAGGAUGCCAUCGUUGGUUACAUUAGAAGGCUGCAUGAAACUUUCAGCCAUGGUCGUACAAGGGCUCUGGGAAUGCAAAAGUCCGCUUCUACAGUUGCCUCAUAUCACUGACGAGAAUUUGAAGUAUUUUUCUAGUAAACGAUAUCAGAUCCGCACACUAGAACAACUCGCCCGGCUAAAAGAUGAAGACCGCAGGGCUUGCUUACACCAUCUUAACGACAAUCAAUACAAUGAUUUAGUUCUAGCACUUGGAGGAAUGCCUUAUGUGGAUAUGAGUAUUAAAUAUGAAGUCGUUGAUGACGAGGCCACUACAGUGUAUACGGCUGGUGCGAUCGUCACGGUAACGGUUGCCUUGGCAAGAAGAAAUUUGAGCGUCCUAUUUGCCAACGAAAAAGAUACAUCUAACGAAUUCAUUGAAAAUGGUGAAGUGAUACCAGAAGAAGAAGAAAAGCAGGAACCCAAAAAGAAGACGCUACCUUGGCAAAAAAACAAAGGCAAGAGAGCAAACAACAAGAAAAGUGGCAAAAAAACAUCAGUCAAGAAGGAAACAGAUGAUAAAAAAAAGGUUGCAGUCAGAUCAAGUAAGACUGCCUCCAAAACAAAAGAUGAAGAAUCUGAGAGUUGCAGUGAAGAUGAUGCAGAAGACGAAGUUGAAGUUGACGAGUCUGACGAAGUUGAGGCUGAAGCUGAAGAAAAAUCAGCGAACAACGAUAGCUCCGAGCCAGAAAAAGAUGACGAUCAAUUAGAAAAGCUUCAGAGCGACGUUGCAAUGAGGCGGCAGAGAUUGUUGGAAGGGAAAAGUCAGUUCUCGCACUCCGUGUAUUGUCCAUUUUUCCCCGAAGACAAACAAGAGUAUUGGUGGGCUUAUAUCACGGACCGAAAACAACAAAUGCUACUGACAGCACCGUACCACAUUACCAAUCUGGUAGAGCACGAAGAAAUCCAGCUCAAAUUUACAGCUCCCUUCAAACCAGGUUUUUACACCUUUGCUGUGUGUUUACGCUCCGAUUCGUACUUUGGUUUCGAUCAAAUGAAGGAUAUCAAGAUGGAUGUUAAAGAAGCUGCAGAGAUCCCAACCGAGCACCCACAGUGGGAGAUUUCUGAUGAUGAGGAUGAAGAAGAUAAGAAUUUCAGUGGCUCUGAAUCUGAAUUUGCUACCGAUGAUGACGAAGACAGCGGCAAAGACUAGUUUCUCUAAAAACGACACAUUGUUUUGUUUGCCAGACUUCAACAUUCUUUUCGUCGGAUAGUGGAAUCCGCGUUGAACACCUUGUAAAGGCUUAAAUCAUGAAAAUUAAUUUCUAGUGGGCA